UGCGUGAAAUUAUUCGAGUAGAUGAAAAAGGUAGCCUCUUAUUAUGAGGUGAUCAAACAUAAACAGAGUAUAAAUCACAACGAAUUUCACUCAUUUUUCAUCCUUGAUCACUCUCGACCAACUCCUCGAUCAGCUCACUACUUCUCUCUACAAAACCGACUAAAUUUCAAAAUGCCUGCUGACUUUAGUGGAACAUGGAAAUUUGUGAAGGGAGAGAAUCUGACUACUCUGUUGGACAAAUUGAACGUUCCAGCUGACAAGCGUCCAUCCCAAGAGGGCUCCACUGUAACCAUUUCUCAAAGUGGUGACAGCUUCUCCAUAAAGACAACCACUGCAGCUGGAGACAGGAAUGUCAGCUUCUCCAUUGGAACCAGCUUCGUGGAUCCAGACAUCAAAGCUUUAAGAGGGAAGGAGUUGAGUGUGACCCCAGCAUGGGAUGGUGCUAAGCUGGUGCUCAAGGGAGAGAAGGGCAACGGUGUUACCCGUGAGCUUGUCGGGGGACAGAUGGUCGUUACUUUUGAAUUCGACGGCGUAUCAGCCAAGCGCUACUUCGCCAAAGCCUAAAUGGUGGCUAACAGUAAAACAUCAAGCCUCAAUUGACACGUCUAAUCAGACACGAAAAAGGACUGACUCUUUGCAAUAUUAAAUACAACUUGGACAUUUUGCAAAAACAACAUCGAAAAUUGAGGCUGACGUAAUCAUGCCACCCUUGUAAGGAAACAGGGCAAUGUGUGUUCACAUACAAGAUAUGUUCAAAAGUUUAAAAGUUUAAAUAAAAUUUUUGGAAAUAAGUA